UAUUACCGAGGCCGGAAAGGGCCAAUGGUGAGCACACGUCACUCACUUUUACCCCAAAUGAUUAUUAUUGCGGACUAUCAAAACUGUUUUUGGUCGACGAAACAACACUACCGUCUGCUCUUUUUCCACACUUCCGCAGACACAUGUCGACGGUAGUGUCACAGCUUCCGUUACGGCUGGUUAUAACGGAGUAAAGUGUCUUCUUUCGGGUGCUCAGCAUCAGUGAAAAUGGCUGUGGCUGGCGAGGGGAGAACAGCACGCAGACAGGGACUCGGCGGAGGACGGUGAGCAGCCGGACGGAGAAGGCGUGACGGGCCUCAUCCAUCUCGAUGCGGUCACGUAUUUCCAUUAAAAUGAGAGGCAAUCCAAUAGGUGAUAACACAUCCCCCUCCUCGGCCAGGGGACUCCUCUUCCACACUGUGCCGUUACUUUGGAUUAAGGGACACGGUAAGGAUAUAAAAGUUCUAGGAACCUUCUGGCAGAAUGGAGAUGGUGACACUUUCCUGGAUGAAGGAAAACCAUGGAUCUGAACACCCUAACCAGUUUAGAACAACUGCCUAAAAAACAUUGUGUGCUAUUUUGCAAUAAUCUAGUGAUCAGUCAAACUCAGUCAAAGACCUGUUAAGUCCCCUACAGACACUAUUAAACCAAACAAGUCUCUUAGACCUGUCCCCUCUCCUUUUGAAUGGAGAGUGAGGUCAGCGGACGUUCUGGAGGAAGUAGCAGCAGUCGAAGCAACCGUCCAGGAGCCAGUAGCGGCAGUGUCAUUGGGAGGAGCUUAGAUUCAAGCCGAACGGACUUCAGCUUUUCCAGAGGAAGUAGUAACAUAGCAUCGCCGUUCGGACGGAGUGCCUCCGUUAGCAGCGGUGGGAUCAUCGUCGCGGGGCCAGGCGCAGGAGGUGUGGCCCCGACACCCCCAUGUGCCAGUGAGUGGGAAAUGUUCCAAUUUGGAAAAUACAAUUUGGACAUUAUAGAGAUGUUAAGUGGGCACCAGGCACACCAGUUCAAAGGCCUUGGUCUAGACCGACAGCUGCAGCAUCAACAGCAAGUUCAAUUGCACCAGCAUCAGCUUCAACAGCAGCAGCAACAGGCUGAGUCUUCUGGAGCGCUUCUUUCCGGGCUGGGCUUGGGCCCCCUCCAGGGGUCCAGAAGCAACGCCUUUUCAGAUUCUGCAUCCAUUUUUGCCAAAAUGAGCGCCCCUCCUCCCCCACCCCUCCAACAACAGCCUUCCUCGUCCCAAAGCUCCCGCUCCAAGUCCAGUAAGAUGAGUGGCAGCAGCUCCAGCCACUCUUCCAGCUACCCCCAGUUCCUCCGGUCCUUCCAUCCUUCUGAGAGCCCACUAGCACAGGAGCAGCUGCACCCCAGUGUGAGCCGCUUUGAGCACUUUGCUGGGGGAAGCAGUGCUGGUGGGAGUUCUGGGGGUUUAGGAGGACUGGUAACAUCUGCACCUCCACUCCCUCCUCCCCUACAUCCUGGCCUCUCUGUCCCUCAAGCAUCCCCUGGCCCCUCUUCCUCUUCUCCGUCCCCCUCUAGCUCUGUGGCCACCUCUAACAACCCUUCGAGCAGCAGUGCAGUCAGUACACUGGGGCAUCAGCUCGUCGGGACACAGUCUGAUGCACGCAGCCUUCAUCAACAGUUCAGUUGCAUGCUGGCAGCUAAUCAGUAUUUCCUUUCUGGGGUGCCUGCCAAUGCUAGUUUAGAGCAAUUUCUCGUUCAACAAGGCACCCACAACCACCUGGGGAUAGGUUUAAGUCAGUCAGGUGGGGAUUCUAGUUCCGGCCUUGCUCCACCGCCAGCUUUGCAUUCUUCACACUCCCACGGGCACUCUACUGCCCAGCCACAGCCGCCCCCGCAGCAGCCUCCACUGCAACAACAACUGCCACCCCACAGCCUGUCCCAUCCUCACUCUCACUCUCAUCACCACCUCCACCCAGGCUCCCAGCCAUCUUCCCUGAGUGGUUUUGACUUCCAGGGCAUCCCGGUCCUCUCAUCUAAUCAAAUAGCGUCCCUAAUGCAGCAGGAGGCUGGCUUGCCCCUCCCCUUACCACUUCAUUUGUCCUUGUCAAAAGAUGAUGGUAAAGGGGAGAACAGUGGAGGGGGAAGCGGUAGCAGCAGUAGGAGGAAGAAAGCGAUGGCGGGCUACUUACCCCAGAGAAAAUCUGAUAAUGUUAGUAGUAACAGCAACAGUAGCCAUGGGCAUAGCAGCCACGGUGGGAACCCUAAUGCAAGCAGUAGUGGAGGAGGGCUUAGCCAUGGUCAACCACCGGCAUUAAUUGGAGGUGGCGUUGGAGGGGAGAACCCCGCCCUCCAUGCUUCCUCUUCCUCAUCCUCUGUAGUUUCUUCUUCUUCUUCUGCCCCCUCUACUGUGGCUUCAGUGCAGGUUAAUAAUAAUUCACACCUUUCCAAACGAGAUAACCAAGGCCCCUUGCAACACAAUACCACGCAGCCUGAAGAGGACUGCGUCUACAACUGUGGGGAGUGUAACAAGAGCUUUAAUCACCUGUCGAGUCUUCGAAGACAUCUGCGCAUGCAUGAACCUACAGCAGCAGGUACAAGCAACACAUCUGCGACCGGCCCAAAUCCAAUUCACAUCAAAGCACAACUAGACCCAAGCCUUCCCCACUCCACACAAGACACAGCGCCGCCCUCUGUUAAUUCCUGUUCGAGCCCAGAUAAGAUGUUUAGUUGCUCUGAUUGUGGCAAGGGCUUUAAAAAGAAGGGACACCUACUACAGCAUGGGGUCAUACACUCGUCGGCCCGGCCCUACGGCUGCUCCACCUGCUCUCGUGCUUUUAACCGCAGAGAGUCACUGACUCGUCAUGAGAAGAUUCAUGAAGAGAAGCCAUUCAGAUGUCCAGCCUGUGGACGCUCCUUUAGAGAGAGCACCUCUCUUCUCAACCAUGCUGCCUCGGGAACGUGCGGCAAGCCAGGUAGGGGUCCCAAACAGAGGUGCGACAAGACAGGCCUGGAUGGGAAUGACAGACUAGGUUGCAGUAGUGAGACGGGGAGUAGGAAUGGGGAAACGUACCAGGUGAACAGAGGUGUGAUUUAUGGGAAAACUGAAGAGGAUGAUGGUGUCAUUGUGGUGGGGGAAGGGGAGCCAAAAUCUGGGCUAGUCUGUGAUGGUAUUUUUCAACCCGGGAGGGGAGGGAAUCCAAACGAGAGGGACAGAGGAGAUGGUAAAUAUCCCUCUGACUACUCUCGUAAUCGAUAUACAGGUUACCAUGAUGACCACCAUUCUCAAGGUAACCCCUCUCCGUGCUAUUCGGGUGCCUCCCCGUGUGGGGGUGGGAUGGGAGGCCCCGCACUACGAAAGGCACCCUUGGCCCCAACUUUGCAUCCUCAUCCCCCGAGUCAAAGCCAGCAUCACCAGCAUCACCAACAACAACAACAGCCACACCUGCCCCUAUCCUCUCUGCUAGAUGACUCAGAAGACGAUGUGACCAGUUCUGUCAAUCAUGCUAUUUCUGCUAUAACAGCAGCCAGCAGCAGCGGAAACAGGGGUGAUGACCGGGGAGAUAUUAUUGGGGGCUUGUUAGGGGGUCUAGGCUUAGGUCCCCUGGGCUCACCAUCAUCCACGUCUGGUAUAGAUAAAAGCUUCAGAGGUGGGGUGAAUCAGGGGAACAUGAACGGUAACCCACAGAACGCUAAUGUCAAACCAAAGCGUCCCCGAAAGCCACGAGCCAAAAAGGAUCCGAACGCCCCUGGUCAACCUCCUAAACGCAGGCAGUAUACGCCCAGAUCCGGACCCAGUGGUCUCCCCCGUCCGUAUCUCUGCAGUGUGUGUGGCAAGGGAUUCGCCCGGCGUGAGACACUGCGUAGGCACGACCGCGUGCAUACCGGCGAGAAGUCGCACCACUGCUCUGUCUGCGGAAAAUAUUUCCGAGAGGCCUUUCACCUGAGCAAGCAUCAAACGGUUCACUCUGGGGCCAAGAAUUACAAAUGCGCAAUCUGCGGGAAAGAAUUUGGCUACUCCCAAAGCCUCAGGAGGCAUAACAAGCUCCACCAGAAAGGGGAGAUAGAAGAGGUUCCCACCACACCAGCUGGGGAGACUCUGAACAGCUUUAACCCAAACACCCAGUGUAGGGGGUCCCAAGAUGGAAGCCAGAACGAGGCAAACACCUCCUCCUCCUAUUACUCAUAUGCUCAAGAUGUAAAGCCUCAAGGAUCCGACACCCAACCCCCACCCCGGCUCUACACCUGUGCUAUUUGCUGGAAGUCAUUCCGCCAUCACUUCCAUCUGACUGCCCAUCACCAGACGGUGCACGAAGGUGGAAGUGAAAAAUUAUUCUGCUGUGAGGUGUGCGGUAAGGCCUUCGCCUAUUCCAACAGCCUCACCAGACAUCGUCAAUCGCAGCACGGACUGACACGCACCGAGCAGUCCAACCCGCGGGAGGGUAGCAGCGGCUCGGCCGAAAGCCGGGGCGGGCCGGAUGUGGGUCAGUCCACCUCGGAGAGCGAGGCCGCCACCAACGUGCUGUUACAGAUGGCUCCGUCCGCUGAAUCCCACGGAGGACACAGCGUCGUGACUCACGGUCAUCCCCAGGCUGCCCCGCAGCCCCCCGCCGGUUACUCUCCUUUGUUUUACGACACCGCCACAGCCCAGCCCCCAGCCUCUAACGCUCUGCCUUACUCUCAGCCCCUGCCCUCAAACUCCACCGUCAUCCCCGCCCAGCACCAGCACUCCCCGGCCGGAGUCAAGGGGGAGCACAUCUACCCGGCGGGCUCGCGUAGCCACACGCUGCACACCACCGCCCCGUUCCAGCCGCUCACGGAGCUCCCGUCCACCGAGCAUCACCACCUUCAUCAUCACCAUUCACAUCAUCAUCAUCAUCAGCAUCAUAAUCAUCCCCCCCUCAGUACCCACCAGUCCCACCAACACCAUCAUGAGCCCAGCCUCCAGUCUUCGCCCGAGGAAAUAAAAAGGCGCCCAGCUAAAAAAAAAAACUCCCUCCAGAGGGGAGAGAUGGGAACCAAAUGGGGGGCAUCAGAUACAGCUCGAGGUAAACGGAGCACCAGGUGGAGGAAGACGGGGUCAGCGACGGGAUUGAGGUUAAAAAAUAAAAAGCCAGGCACUUUACUUUUAAAGAUUCGAAGAGGGGGGGAACACGGAGGGGGAGGCUACGAGCUCGUCACCACAGGGGGAGCAAAGGUGCAGAUUAUGAGGUCCCUUAAAUCUGUCAAGAAUUUCACCUGCCCAAUAUGCCCCAACGCAAUGUUUUCUUACCAAGCAGGGCUGCUGGUUCACAGGGCUCUCAAACACCCACAGAAGGCCUUGUCCCCCCAGGAGCGUCUGCAGUGUAGCGUGUGUGGGAGGCAGUCGCCCAGUCCUCUGGCCGCCUUUAUACACCGAGCGACCCACCGUGCCAAAGGGUCGUUCUCUUGCCGCCGCUGCUCGGCCUGCUUCUGGAAUGCCACGCUCCUGGAGCGGCACAGAGCUUUCUGCUGCCGCAGGGCCAAGGGGUCCCAGCGGGGGUCCACUCUCAGCCUGAAGCCGUCCAAAAUGGCGGCACAGAGUGGGAACCAAGAAGAAAGCAGCGAGAGCUCAUACCAACCGGAGGUGUACGGAUACUGAGAGUAUCUUCACGAGUCGCCGACUAAAAUACAAAUGACAUAUGGGAAUGGUUAACGUAGAGUGGAAAGGAAGUUCAGAGGAGCAGUUGCCUUUGGAGAGUUGUUGUACUUGCCUGGUUUCUGUAUCGACGAUAACACUGGAUUGUGUUAAUAACUACUGUAGAGCAUCCUAUCAAAACGUCACUUACAAUUCUUCCAAAUGUAUUGGAAGUGGCUCAAAUAAGUGACUUUUUACAUAGGAACAUUAACCCCUUAAGUGCAUUGCCACUAUGCUUGGCUGACACUGUGCUGUUACUAGAAACGUUUUGAGUGACAUGACCUGCUAAUGUAUUUCUCGUCUCUGAGUCCUCACUAGCAUCCCUUCUACAUAAUUUGCUGUAUUAUAACUGUCUCUGCUGUGUACCUUAACUUGUUGUUCUUCCUUUAGAAGCUCUGAGGAUUUUCUUAAAAAAUGUAAAGUGCAUUAACUAGAAGUAGGGACGUUGGAACAAAUAUAUUUGUUGAUAGUCAGCUUGUUGGUGCAUGUUUGUUCUCUGGUCAGUUUUUUUUAAGAACUGAGGUUGUGAAAUCCCACCUGUGAUGAUGGUUUAUUCUGUACAUCCCUAAAGGUUAUUAGUAUCAACUUUUGGAAAAGUGCUAAUUCUCUAGAAUCAUGAUCACAAGUAGCGUGAAUUAGUGGGCGGUAUAUGGACUCCUGCUAAAAUGAAACUUAACAAAAAGCCUUGCUUUCCAUGUCACUCUAUUUAGUUUGUUUAAGAUGUUAUAGCUUUUAUACCAAGAGAUUGAAAAGAGGCUAAAUACGUCUACUUAUUUUAUCUGUAUGGUCUUUUUAGCCGUGAUUGUCUCUACUGCACAGUAGACAUUAAGACAAGGACCUAUCAUAGAAGCAAUGUAUGAUUACAUGUAUGUAUGUGUAACUCAAUCAGUCGACAUGCCUCUCAUGUAUAACUCCCUCUGUGUUUAAUCCUUAUUUUGCUGAACUGCAAUCAUGUUAAGCCUUGUUUUGUUCCAAACAAAAUCGUUUUGUGUACAUUACGUCACUUUAUUCACAUUUGUAAUGUUCACACCCUUCUAAAGCCUUGUUUUUUCUUCUAAAGAAAAAAAGAUAGUUCCAAGUAGAUUUAUAUCACUUUAUUUACUGAGUAGUUGAUUAUAUUUCAGCAUUAAAUAAACCAUGAGUGUUCUCAAGUGUUUCCACUGUGUUCAUAAUUUAAACUGAGAUAUUGUUGCUCUGACAAUGCGACAAUAGGGGAGGUAUUGAAUACAAUUGUGUCACAGAAGUGUAUUUUACUGUUUGAUAAUGUAGUGGAAAUAUCAAUAAAUCCCAUUUGAAUACAG